AUGGCGGAUCGACGAAGCACGACACCGAAAGAAAAUGCAGACGCUGUAAGAGAGCUCCUAGAUACAGCAGAACAAAAUCUUGACACAAAAUCUACAGACAGUAAUGGACGUACACCUUUACACAUCGCCAGCAGUUAUGGACAGUACUCAAUGGUGGAAAAGCUUCUGAAGGCUGGAGCCGAGCCCCUGGCACGUAGCAAUACUGGACGAACUCCACUGCAUGAAGUGUGUAUUAGCGGUCAUAAGGACUGUCUAAAUCUGAUCCUACAACACACCCCGGAAGUGAAUGUCCGUGAUCGUGACAAUCAGACCCCUGCCCAUGUUGCAGCAUUCAAUGGUGAGCUUGGCUGCCUGAAAAUACUUCACACCAAAGGUAGCAGUCUGGUAGCAGAAGAUAAGUUAGGAAGACAGGUCAGCCAUCUUGCUGCCAUGAGAAACCAUAAGAAGAUUCUCCAGUACUUGUUUGACCAGGGAGUGGACCUAGAUAGCCGUUGUGAAAUAGGAAAGACUCCUGUCCACUAUGCUGCCCAAUAUGGCUCACUCGACUGUGUGAUUUUACUUAUACAACGCGACUGUGACAUUACACUCGGUGACAACAAUGGCUACCUUGCAGCCCAUCAUGCAGCACGCCACAACAAACUCGACAUUGUCCGCUUCCUAGUAAAACAAGGCACCUCCCUGGAAGUUACACAAGCAGACGGCAAAACACUGAGUCAUGUCGCAGCCCAACAUGGAGCCCUCAAUGUUCUACACUGGCUUCUAGAAAAAGGAGCUGAUCCCAACCAACAAGACUAUUUUGGAAAUACACCUGGACAUUAUGCUGCUGACAGUCGGAGGCCAGAAUGUCUCAGCUGCUUUUUAUACCAUGAGGGGGACAUUGAGAGUCAAAACAUCAAAGGGGACACACCUCUAGAUGCUGCUCGUAAAGCUGGCUGUCCAUUACAGAUGGAGAAAGGAGUAAACAACAAACAACCAUGUGAGAUGUGUUUCCAGAAGUACAAGAAGGCUGUAUGGGACAAAUCACAUCCUCCUACAGCAAUGGAGAGACAAUUAACUAAGGCUAAAUCUACUGCUUAUAAAAACCCAGUCCCCAACGCCGUGAGAGUGCCGACACAGCUUCAGCUUAAUCUGAUGAAAAGAGACAAACGAUUAGCCAAAGCUGCCCCGAAGGUGAAUGUGUCCAAACGAGACCUAUCAGCACAGUACUUUGGAGAGUUCUUAGAUCCAAAUGAUGUGUUUGCCUUUAAAGGAACUGAAGAAAAUCUUCGAUUCUAG